CCUGCACUGGUGACGUCAGCUCAAGGCGGCCGAAGCUGCCCCCAGAUUGGAGGACAUUAAAGGAAACCAGAAAUGAAAUCUUUGAACUGGAGCAGGCAGUAUUGAUCUGAGCACGCUCAUACUAUCUUAAAGGGAGGGGAAGGGCUGCUCGAAACUUUGAGUGGAAAAAGCAGCAGACACACCAGUAAAGAAGAGAAAGAAUUAACGUGGGGAAGUAAAAUAAUCAGUGGUCACUUAACAAGUAAACCUUAAAAGAUACUUGGACCUGAGACUUGUCAACCAAUGAAUGCUGAAACCCGGAAAAUGCUCAGCUAUCGAGAUGGCUGCUGCCUGGUUGACAUCCUGCCUAAGAAACUCUUGAAGAGCACAGGCCGAACGUGAGACAGUUCUCUGUCCGCCACCCCUGCAACCAUGAGCGGUAACGGAACAGACAUGAGUAGUAACGGAACAGACUUCACCAUCGGCUACCUCUCCUCUGCUGUAGCAAUUCUCUUGUUUGGCUCCAACUUUGUACCACUUAAAAAAUACGACACGGGUGAUGGGAUGUUCCUUCAGUGGGUGCUCUGUGCUGCCAUUUGGUUGGUCGCCUUGGUGGUCAACUUGAUUCUACGCUGCCCUAAAUUCUGGCCUUUGGCGAUGCUUGGUGGCUUCAUCUGGGCAACAGGGAACGUUGCUGUCGUCCCAAUUAUCAAAACCAUCGGUUUAGGUCUUGGGAUCCUCAUCUGGGGAUCAUUUAAUACCUUAACUGGCUGGGCAAGUUCAAGGUUUGGCUGGUUUGGCAUGGAUGUGAAGGAAGUGGCAAACCCCAUGCUGAAUUACUUUGGAGCCGGGCUGUCAGUAGUAAGUGCUAUCACAUUUUUGUUCAUCAAAAGUGAAAUUGAGACUAAUGCAUGCAGUAUGGACCACACACCGCUGAUGACAGAACCGGUGAUCAACACAACGGAAGACCUCUGCACUGCUUCCUCCUGGGUGGACAAGCUUUCUACCAAGUACCACCGCACUGUGGGCUGCAGCCUUGCAGUGAUAUCUGGAAUACUCUAUGGAUCUACAUUUGUGCCAAUCAUUUACAUUAAGGACCACAGCAGGAGAAACGAGAGCAUAUACGCGGGCGCUAGUCAGUAUGAUUUAGACUAUGUUUUUGCAUACUCCAGUGGCAUCUUUCUUACAAGUACAGUCUACUUUGUGGCCUAUUGUAUAAGCAUGAAAAAUAGGCCGAAGCUGUAUCCAGAGGCAGUCUUACCAGGCUUCCUGUCAGGGGUGCUGUGGACCAUCGCCACCUGCUGCUUUUUCAUAGCCAACCACUCGCUGAGCCCCGUCAUCAGCUUCCCAAUCAUCACCGCUUUCUUUUAUUUAAGGGCCCUGGACUUAUCGCUGCGCUGUGGGGUGUCUUCAUUUUCAAGGAAAUACAGGGUCUCCGAAACUACAUACUGUUGUUUCUGGCCUUCUGUAUCAUCUUGUCUGGGGCCCUGUGUACGGCUUUUUCCAAAAUCUAACUGUUCACAGAAAGACCAGCAGAUGGCAGCAGUGGCUAGGAGAACGCCUCUCCCGCACAGGCGAAUACUGUGGACUGCUAAACUGUCUCUGCCGCUCUGGGAAUGAUGGGUAAAUGACUGUUUACCCCACAAACAUGGGAAUGAAGAGAGACGGCGAAAAGCCCUUCCAUGAGCUGUUAACGAAGGCAGAACUUUGCUGGGUGGCUCACAGACAUGCUGUGUUAUUGGAUCAUCCUGUCUGGGGGUGCUGGUUCCAUCAGUGUCUACUUGGUGUUAUAAUCCGGAAAAUAGGAUGGCGUUUGUACAGAGGAAGUUAUCACCCAAAUGUAUAGCUUGUUAAUGAACACGAGAAGAAAUAAAUACUUUGUUGGUUGAA